UUCACAUUCUAAAAUUAGUCAACCAUCCCAAUAUAAUUCUACUAGAUUGUGUCUUCGAAUCUCCGAAAGUGAUUUAUCUAGUAUUCGAACUUUGCGUUGACUCUCUAGCUAAUACCUUGAAAGAAAAGAAGCAGUUCGAAGAGCCAGAAACAUUGAGCGUGAUAAAAAAUUUAGCAUGUGCCCUCGGCUAUCUCCACAAAAAUGUCUCUCCUGCAGAUAUAGUUCACCGUGAUUUAAAGCUAGAGAAUAUCCUGAUAACCAGAAAUCCGAUCGAUCCCGAGGAUCAGCUGUACAUUAAAGUAACGGAUUUCGGAUUGAGUGCCAUGAGAAAUGGUCCUGGACACGAUAACAUGCUCCACGAUUUUUGUGGCACUAUCACGUACAUGGCACCUGAGAUGGUGACAACUAAAUCAUACAGUCAACAAUGUGACAUGUGGUCGAUGGGUGUAAUAAUGUAUGUUCUUCUCACUGGAAAAUUUCCAUUUUUUUCGACCAACGAGAUGCAACUGUACAGAUUGAUAACUACAGCGGAUGUCGAUUACUCUGUGCUCCAGUGCUCUGAUGGUGCGAAACAUUUACUCAGUAAAUUACUGGAGAGGAAUCCUGCGUUCAGGAUAACCGCUGCUGAAGUUAAUCAUCACACCUGGAUAUCGGGAGUAUCUGGACAAAUAAGUACAGAAUCGUCUAAUGUUUUGGACAUGAUGAGACUGUGGAAGAAUGAACUGUCGAUUAAUAAAGCAACCAGUUCAACGCAGACGGAGGGAUCAGAAAAAUUACCAAGAGCAAUUGCAGAAUAUUCAAGUGCCAAUGACAGUGCAAUAUCUCUUACUGCAAAUGAAUCAGUCAAUUACUCCGAUAAAUCAAGAAAGAGAUUGUCAUUUCGUCUACCAGAUUACAGUUGGGUCUCACCGAGAGUUGACACGAAUCUAUCGAAUUCUCGACGUGAAGCACUUCGAAAAAAAUCUGGGAAGCCUCGAUUAAAUCAUUUCAGCGAAGAAUAGGUCCAGUGCGAAUUUAAUAGUCGAAUUAAAUUAAUGGCAGUUCGAUAA